AUGGCGACGCUACCGACGGUGGCUCGGCUGGGGCGGCGGCUAAGGUGGCUGGGGCCGGUUCGCGAGCACUGGACGCCGGCUGGACGGUCGCGGAGCCGGCGCGAGGCAGCAGAGGCCGAGGAGGACGCGCCCGUGUUCCAGUACGUGGGCGAGCGCGCGGCCCGCUGCGACCGCGUCUUUGUGUGGGGCUUCAGCUUCUCGGGGGCGCUGGGCGUCCCCACCUUCGUGCUGCCGGACUCGGGGCAGCCGCUCCGCAGGAUCCAGCCGGUGCCCUACCGCCUAGAGAUGGGCCAGAAGAUUUCCUCUGCGGCCUGUGGCUAUGGAUUCACGCUGCUGUCCUCAAACACCAAGGAUGUCACCAAAGUUUGGGGGAUGGGACUCAACAAAGACUCUCAGCUUGGGUUCCACAGGAGUCGGAAGGAUAAAACCAGGGGCUAUGAGUACGUGUUGGAGCCCUCACCUGUCCCGCUGCCCCUGGACAGACCUCAGGAGACACGGGUGCUGCAGGUGUCCUGUGGCCGGGCGCACUCCCUGGUGCUGACGGAUGGCGAAGGUGUCUUUAGUAUGGGGAACAAUUCGUACGGGCAGUGUGGCCGGAAGGUGGUGCAGAGUGAAGUUUACAGCGAAAGUCACAAGGUCCACAGGAUGCAGGAUUUCGAUGGAAAGGUGGUCCAGGUUGCCUGUGGUCAGGAUCACAGUCUGUUCCUCACAGAUAAAGGCGAAGUGCACUCCUGCGGAUGGGGGGCUGACGGCCAGACAGGCCUGGGUCAUUACAACAUCACCAGCACACCCACCAAGGUGGGCGGAGACCUUGCUGGGGUGAAGGUCAUCCAGGUGGCCACCUACGGCGACUGCUGCCUGGCCGUGUCAGCUGAUGGAGGCAUCUUUGGUUGGGGCAACUCUGAGUACUUACAGCUGGCCUCUAUCACGGACUCCACACAGGUGAACGUUCCCCGGAACUUGCCGUUCUUAGGAUUGGGCAAGGUGCAGCAGGCAGCAUGUGGCGGGACGGGCUGUGCCGUGUUGAACGGAGAAGGACAUGUUUUCGUCUGGGGCUAUGGGAUUCUCGGGAAAGGGCCAAACCUGGUGGAGACUGCUUUUCCAGAAGUGAUCCCACCCACGCUCUUCGGGGUGACGGAGUUCAACCCAGAAGUCCGUGUUUCCCACAUCUGGUGCGGACUCAGCCACUUUGCAGCACUUACCAACAAAGGUGAGCUGUUUGCGUGGGGCAAGAAUGUGCGUGGGUGCCUGGGCAUCGGCCACCUGAGAGACCAGUACUUCCCGUGGAGGGUGACGAUGCCCGGUGAGCCCGUGGACGUGGCGUGUGGCGUGGAUCACAUGGUGACUCUGGCCAAGUCUUUCAUCUGAGCCGCCUGAGGAUGGCCCCCAUGUCAGCAGAAGCCGGGUGUGGGGACCAGCCAGGCCUCCUGAUGGUGGGGAGUCCCCUGUCACAGCACACUGCGUUUGGACAGGCUGUGCUACGUCUCCUGCUGGCCCCCAGCAGCCUGUGGCUUUCAUUCUGAUCACCUGACUCAUGCAGCCACCUCUGGUCACUGCCGCUCACUCAUUGCUCCCUGGAAGGACACAGUCCCACAGCCUGAAGUACCUUGGCCUGGGAGUGUGCACGGAGUUGUGUGCCAGCAGUCACCCCAUGGGCCAUGUCAGACCCAGCCUUGAAUCUGUCCUCGCUGCCAGGCUCAAACAAGCUGGGAAGUCCCCACAGGAAGAUGCUUGGGGUUACUAACCUAUGGGCUGAGGGCUCCAAACAUAUCCGCCAAAGCUUGGCUGGAAAGCCAGCCUGGAGAACGCUCAGAAACCAUGAAAAUCAUUGACUUCCUAACAAAACUUGGCUUUCCCUUUAGAAAUAGUAUUUAAAAAUGUGUUUUGGAAUAAAACCUAUUU